GUUAAGCCUUUUCUGGUUACUCAAGGGGAAGAGACGUGAUUAGUUACUGAACUUCACUGCAUCUUAAAGUUUUGGAGAUAUCGGGUCAUGUUUUCAUUUGUGCUUUUUUCCACCUUGUUUUCUUUUAUAUUUACUGAGCCUGAGAAACAGCAUUGGGUCUGCAACUCCUCUGAUGUGAGCAUUUCCUACACCUACUGUGAUAAAAUGAAAUACCCUAUUUCCCUUAAUCUUAUACCUUGUAUAGAACUGGCGGGAACCAAAGGAUUUUUGCAUUUGUUCUACAUUCCGAGGAGAGACUUAAAAAAAUUGUAUUUUAAUCUUUAUAUAUCUGUCAACUCUAUGAAUCUUCCAAAGCGCAAAGAAGUGAUUUGCCGAGGAUUUGAUGAUGAUUAUUCUUUCUGCAAAGCUGUCAAGGGAGAGUCUAUAAAUACAACAAUACCAUUCUCCUUCAAGGGAAUACGAUUUCCUAAGGGACAAUACAGAUGUGUUGCAGAAGCCAUUGUUGGGAAUACGGAAGAAAUGCUCUUUUGUUUGAAUUUUACCAUCAUAUACCACCCUCAUUUGAAUUAGAAUAAAUCGAGUAUAUCUUUUAUUUUU